CCUUUCUCUCCUCUCUCUCUCUCUCUCUCUCUCUCUCUCUCCGCAGCAUGGAAUCCACAGAGGAAGAGCAACUCGAGCGAGUCAACUCACUCCCCGACCUUGAACUGGCGUCCACCAGCUCGAGCCCGUCCUCGAUACUCACCACAGAAGACUCUAGAAGCACCACGAGCUCCGGAGAGGUCUCGAGAACGACGACGAGCAGCUCCGGCGAGAUUCCCGCGUUGCUAGUGCCGGUUCUGGUGGACCGGACGCUCCUGACUGGAGACGAGCUGAGAGUGGCGGUGGCGAGGCCCAAGUGCGUCGGGAGGAACAACAAGGGAGUGACUUGGGGCUUCACUUCGGUGAUUGGGAGACGGAGAGAGAUGGAGGACGCCGUCGCUUUGAUUCCUGGCUUCAUGUCUUGCACGUGCGAUUACGUGGGCGGUUGUACGGCCCCAGGUUCCAAAACCUCUUCCGAGAUCUCCCCUGUUCAUUUCUUCGGCGUCUACGACGGCCAUGGCGGCAAUCAGGUGGCUAACUUUUGUGCUGAGCGGAUGCAUGAAGUGAUAGCACAAGAGUGGGAUCGGGAGACGGUUGAUGGCUACGAAUGGCAGAGAAAGUGGGAAACAGCAUUCUCAAUUGGUUUUGAGAAGGCUGACAAUGAGCUCCUUGAGGAGGCUAUUGCGUCAGAGAUGGUUGGUUCAACUGCAGUUGUUGCCAUUCUAUCUGGUUGCCAGAUUAUCACAUCUAAUUGUGGUGACUCGAGGGCAGUUCUUUGCCGAGGGACUGAAACAAUCCCCUUAACUGUUGAUCAGAAGCCUGAUAGGGAAGAUGAACUCCUGAGGAUUGAAGGAGGGGGAGGGAAAGUCAUAAACUGGAAUGGUGCUAGGGUGUUUGGAGUUCUUGCCAUGUCCAGAGCUAUAGGUGAUCGGUAUCUAAGGCCGUGGAUAAUUCCAGUCCCUGAGAUUUCAUUCAUGACAAGGACCGAUGAGGACGAGUGUUUGAUUUUGGCAAGUGAUGGACUUUGGGAUGUCAUGACUAAUGAAGAAGUGGGAGAGGUGGCUCGGCAUCUUCUAAGAAGGCGGCGAAGGUCAAUCUCCAGUUUGACUGAUGACAUUCCUCCGGCACAAGCAGUUGCUGAUCAUCUCACUGAAAUAGCAUAUGGAAGAAACAGUUCCGAUAACAUAUCCAUCAUUGUUGUUGAUCUCAAAGCAAAAAGAAAACGCCAGCAAAGGCAAUGAAAUGGAUUGGGUUCUCUCUGUUCCUAUAAAUCCAAUUCUAUCUCAGCCUCUCAAGUUCAGAGGUGAGAGGACAGGAAAGAUGUAGUGAUUCUCGGGUAGCAUCCCCCAUCUUCAUCCUUCAGCUACCUUUAUCUGACAUGUACAGAGCUGAUUCGAUCAAUCUCUUCAAACUGUAACAACUGGAAGAAGAAAAAAAAACCAGUUUGUUACAACAAAACAUUAGAUCAAUCCUCAAUUUUAAUUGGUUUGGUCGAGAAAAGAGUAAAAGAUCAUGAAGAAAACUGCAAGUUGUUCGAUAAUAUAUUUGCUUGAGGAUGAAGAGAAGAAAAGAAAAGAAAGCAUGACGGCGAGAAAGAUUUCCUUUUUAGCUAUUUGCUCUCACCCUUUUUCUUUCGACACACCCGUCUUCUUUCGGACUAAAAAAAGUGGAAUUCUGGGGGGAAAAUUCGCGAACUCAGCAUUUUGAAACACAAAAGCUUCAUCAUGUGCAUGCAUUUUAUUAUUUAUUUUCCGUUCAAUGCGUUAAAUAGAAAAUAUAGGCUUAUUUAUGAUUAUUUGCAACAAUGAAGGGGGGGAUGUGUUGGUAUGUGAAAUCGAAGUCAUGGAUAUUUGUCCUGUUGUCAAGUUCAUUCUGAUGGACAUAA